CGCGAGCCGGGAAAGAAAGCGACGCCUAGAAACUGGACGAUGUUCGGGUGGCGGAGGGUGCUCAUAAGUUGACAUUCCCUCACGAACUCGGUCGAGGCUUUGGCUUCUCGCAAGAAGGCGUAGAUUGUUUUGGCGGCGGCCCCUACAGAAACGACCACCUCCUCCACUUCGCCGUAGGCUCCGCUGCCGAUUUUGUGACCAGUGAGCUGGACGUCGGAGAGAACGAAGGGCCUCAGCCCUGGAUGAUCGCGAAGAAACUCUUCCGCCAUUUUUGUGACCUAAAUAUACGAGCCCCACCCUAACAUUGUGCGCAUGCACCAGUAAAAAUAAUACUAGUAGGUGAAUGAAUGGCAUUUUUGGCGAGCGGGAGCGAGCACACAAUGACUGUAUCUGCAUUAGCCAUCCUAGCCUAUUUACAACUUGAACCUUAAAGAGGUAUAUACAGCCUCGGAAGAGCGCAGCGAAUGCCAGCGAAUAGACGAGAGUUCUUUCGCUGAGAUUUCGCAUCGAUAUGACAGCUAGGCAGCGUGUAAAGAAUAUGCGCGUUCCCUGCUCAGGAGUCUCACUGACACGAUGUUCUCUUUCCCUCUCUCUUCGACGACGAAUGGCUUCCUCUCAGACUGAUGCGAGAGUAUAUUAUACGGACGCACGGCAGCAUGUGAAAGUUUGAAAUCAUUUCGGAUAAAAAGAAGCGCGUAAUCCUGGAGCAUGCGCACUUACACGACGUACGCGGGUCGUAAAUAAAUAGAAAAAUCGCGCCGUUUGGACCACUAGGUUAGCUCGCUCCCGCUCGCCAAUUAGCGUUCCUUGGACGCCAUGGGGAUCUGCUUACAUAAGCAGAAAUUGAUGUAUAAAGUAUUAGUGCCUAGUAUUUCAACCCCCAUAUAAAUUCUUAUGGACUUAUGGAGGCUCUGGACACAUUUGUGUCCGUGGUGGCAGGUUAAGCUUUACUCACACAUUACACUACAAUUUUACAGCAUGGAUUUUGGUUGGCUGCUGACAUGUAGGUACACACAAAAUUGGUUGUGUUGUGUGUUUGACUAGCACGACUAACUUCUGCAAGUGCUUUAACGUGUUUUCCUGGUUCAUGUACACUAGAUGUAUGUUUAUUUCCACAUCUGACUAGUAAUGGAACCGUAAGGUUUGGAGGUGCGAUAGACUUCCUGGGGGGUCAGUGGGCGGGGAUUGAACUUGACGAGGCUGUCGGGAAGAACGACGGCUCUCUCAAGGGAAUCAGGUUCUUCACCUGCAAACCCAAGUUUGGUCUCUUUGUUCCGAUGCAGAGAAUCUCCAAGGCUCCAAUGAGGCAGUUGUCCACAGAGAGAAGGAAAAAGAUGGCCGCCAAUGGAGGGAGGAAGAGGGAGUCUGUUGCUCUCUCUCCUCGCACCUUUGAGGCUCAGGGAACCAUGGCCGUCACAACUGACCUACAGGUAGGAGAGAGAGUCAGUAUUGAAGGCAACGGGACCGGAACUCUGAGAUACGUCGGCAGUGUCAAGUUUGCACCCGGGAUAUGGAUGGGAGUGGAGUUGGACAGUGGGGGAGGAGACAACUCGGGGUCUCACUCCGGAGUAAGAUACUUCAACUGUAGACCCGCCCACGGGGUAUUCCUACCACCAUCCAAGGUCAAAAGACUCUCUCCUCCAGCAGUAGCAGCAACCUCCAGUGGCUCCUCUACCAACAGUGGCCCAACUACUGAUUCCACUGACUUCCCAGCCCACUCCUCCUCCUCCUCCCCCUCCCCUCGUCCCUCUCCUCCCGUCAACAAACGAAGACUCAACACCUCCAACACCACAAAAACUGGACCUCGAGCCAAGCAGCCUCGCACAGUCUCCCUCACCAACCCUCCCUCUUCUUCCUCACUCCCCCACCAUCCUCCCUCCCUCUCCUCCUCCACCCUCUCCCUCUCCUCCCUCCCCAACGUCACUCUGGAGACCGGGAUGAGUGUCUUUGUGACUGGAGCUGAUUUUGGGGUCGUGCGGUUCAUCGGAGCCACCCAGUUUGCUAAGGGGGUGUGGCUUGGGAUUGAACUACGGAAACCUAAUGGAAAGAACGAUGGGUCGGUGAAGGGACAUCGCUACUUUCGCUGCAAGCCUUCUCACGGACUGUUUGUCAAACCAGAGAAAGCCACUCAUCGAGGAAUCAACUGCUCCAAGAUCCUCCCUAGCUCCUGCCUUGAGAACAACUCUUAACAUUGUGUUUAUGAUGUCAUCAUUAUGUAAUGUAUGUUGUCAACUAUAGUCCAAUGAAUAUAGUGCAGGUGUAUUAUGUGGUGCAUGGUGGCCCACUUGGUACAUGUUACCCUGGCAACGAUGUAUUAUGAUAAUAUUGGUUUGUAGUAACACCCACUCAGCACUAUUAGCAAUACUGCCGCUAUACAAACUUGCUGGUGCUGUAUAUACAAAUUUGCUGUGCUGUAUAUACUGUCAAGUGAAGGCUUUCCUAAAAAGGGUGGCAUAAUUAUCCAUUGUGCUGUAGUUACUACGGAGACAUGUACCAAGUAGGUUUGAUGAUGGCUCUAUUCGGGCUGCCCGCUCAUAGAGCAUACUUGCCAUCAUCAAACCUAUACAUAAAUAAUACCAUUUGCAUAUCAACCGCACAUAAUGAAUAAAACUACGUGUGAAUUCUAAAAACUGUCAGAUUACUGUAAUAUUUCAAGAUCGUUGCAUAAGAGAGAAAUAUUUUAAUGAAAGACACAGUAUUACAUGAGUGCUGACUACAAGACUAAUUAACACGAAUAGUAUAAUACAUGAGUUAUUACAAAUGAGAACAAGAGACGGACUACAAAACAUGCUAAUUAACGAAAUGAUGAAUAUUAUUAUGUGAUUCAACUGUCACAUCAUCACAAUAGUUUACAGAGAACUGCACCAUUAACACAUUGUUACAAACAUGAAGUACAAUAUUAAACACUGAAGCACACAAUUUUUAGACGCCUUAUUAUGCUACAAUAGACGAUAGUGGAUACAAUUACAUGAAACAUGGGAUAAUAAGGCAUUGUGGUUAUAUAAUGUGUCUGAAGACGUGUUAAGGAGAGCAACAAGUGGUAGGAAAAGGGGGUGUGGUCUAGAGAUUGACUGUUAUGAUAAAUGUAUGGAUGGCAGUAGCAUUGGGUGUUCUAGAAUAUCUGAACUCUGUUGUUACCAAUAGUCACAUACAUGUAUAAAACCAUCAACACAAGAGGUGAUACAGUAUGGAUCAUGAAACUCUCCCUCUUUCUGACCACGCCUUCCAAAUGAGGUGACAAACUGACCUGAGGUCUCAUACACUACAAUACAAUCACCACUCAAAUCAGACACAUACACAUACUUGUCAACAAUAUGAAGACCUGAUGGCCGACGCAGUUUUCCCUCUCCUUCCUGACCAAAUACUCGUAUGAAUUGGCCACUGGUGUCCAUUACUUGCACUCUCCCAUUACCACACUCAGCUACAUACAUGUUCCCGGCAGUGUCAAAUUUGACAUCAAAUGGUGCAUUGAAUUCACCUCUUCCUUUGCCACGUGAGCCAAUGGAUCGGACAAAGUUCAAGUCGAGGUCAAACACCUGAAUGCGAUGGUUAUCACGAUCACACACAUACACUUGAUUGUCAUACAGUGUCACUCCACGUGGAUCAUCAAACUCCCCCUCCUUACUGCCCCUCCGACCAAUACAUUUGAUCAGUUCACCACUGCUAGUGAACUUCUGCAGCUUGUGCUCACUGCUCACAUAAAUAUUGUCAGUAUCAUCAGUUGCUAUGCCUGCAGGGUAUUCCAUCUGAUCUGGACUGUCACCACGUGAUCCAAAUGUUCGGAUUUUCUGUCCUCUGAUGUCAAAGAUAGACACUCUAUGACCCCAACAUUCACUGACAAUCAUCUCCUGAUGACUGUUGAAGGCAAUGCCAUAUGGACGGUUCAAUCCAGUCACAGUCCUCACUGGGUGGCCUAGUUGUCUGGGGUCAGGGUACACGGUCACAGUGAAGGGGCUGCCAUUGAUUUCUCUGUCGUUGACUUGAACAUGGAGUUUGUGUUGGCCUCGACUGACUGGUGUGUACGACACCUCGUAUUGGGAGGGAGACGUCAUGGCAACCGAUACACGCGUGUGUGUGGCUUUUGAAACGAGCUCAAGUUGUGCGGUGACAUUCAGUGGAAGUGAGUAUGGUCUACCACUAGAGUCAGUUAGUUGGACUAGGACGUGUGUUGGUUGGUUGACUGUGGCUGAUGUUAGACCAGGUCCACUGACCUGACAUGUGUAAGACUUUUCCCCCAGUUGCUGCUGAAGCAGAGCUAUCUCCCUGUCCUUGGCCUGCACUAACUCAGUCUCCUGCAGUCAGGAGGACCUCUAGUCACAACACACAACUCCACACACUAGACUAACUCUCUGUCUCAUCUCCUGAAUCUGCUGCUGCUCUCUCCUGAUAGUCUCCUCUGCCCUCGUCACCUCUGCCUCCUUUCUCGUCAGCUCUGCUUUAUUUCUCGUCAGCUCUGUCUCCU